CCGCUACUCGCUCGCCACCUCGCGCUUCGCCAACUAGUCGUGUCCACGGCGCCACCCGAAUAGCACGCGCGGCUGUCCUUAGAACCGGCCGGCACCCGAAUAAUGUUUCAGUGUCUGACAAACUCAAUAGGAGGUCUCGGAAGAAGUACCGUAUUUAAUUUACACUGUAUAACCAACCGCAUAUUCUCAGUGAGUGUUACGCAGUGUGUACGGAAAAAACUUUGUCGAAGAUUCUGAAGAAUUCUGUGUGAAAUUGUGUAACUCGCCGGCCCCAGUCGGAUCGCGUUUUGCACAAACUUUUCGACGGUGUGCGUAGGACCCAUCGCGCGCAUCGUCCUUGUGAUAAGGGGCUCUGUGAUAUCAAAAACUUCGUCGUAGCUUUAAAACUAGUUAGUAUUUUAGUUUAUAUAAAGAAAGAAGAAGAAAAAAAAUAAAAAUGUCGCCACCGAUCCUCGACCCCAACAUACUGCAGUUUGACAUCUGGGAGACAUUGGAUGAGGUGACGAUGGAGAUGGCUUCAACGUCCGAGUUCUGGACGCAAGUAGACUACGAGGAGGACCAGCUGGACUUUGUACCGCCGUCUAACCCGGACAGCCUGGACGACAGCGACCCGGACUGGCGGAUACCGGACAGUCCGGAGGACCACAAAGAUAACAUCGUGCACCACGAUUGUAUGUGGGCGGGAUCUUGCGUGGAUUCGGCGGUGCACCCGUCCAACACAUUUGUGCCAACGGACUUGAUAUCUGCGACGCCGGGCCAGAGCCUGUUGCGGCGGGACAUCUCACCACCUCGACCUGAAACUCCGCCUUCACUGGACGGUGACGAACAGCAAUACCCGUUCGAGCAUGUGGUGGACGUAGCGAGUGCCGCACGCCGGCUGGUACGCGACUCCGCCGCCGUGGCCGCCGACCACUCCUACACCAUAGCAAGACAACGCAUUGACUACCUCGGAGUGCAGACGCCGUCUGACUCUUGUGAAUCAGAGGAGGAAAUCGACGUGGUGUCGCUCGGUACGACUCAUCAGCCUUUGCCGGGCACCACGCAGUCGCGUGACUCGUACUCUCGGUCGUCGUCGUCCCAGGACCUCCUGUACUCGCCUCAGCAGACCCCGCGACCGGCCGCAAGGAAACGUCUCAUACCACCGACAAGCAUACCCAGCGCCUCCGUACCGCGACGGAAAGCGCGCGGCCCGGGCCGGCGCGGCCGACGCUCUAACACCGACACCGACUCAGAAGCCGAGGCGCCCGACAUAGAGCGCCGUUCCAUACACAACGACAUGGAGCGCCAGCGCCGUAUCGGCCUCAAAAACCUCUUCGAUGAACUCAAGAAGCAAAUACCCGCGACCAGAGACAAGGAGCGUGCCCCUAAAGUGGUGAUACUGCGCGAGGCGGCGGCGCUGUGCCGGAAGCUGCGCGAGGACGACUACGAGCGAGAGAACCUACAGAAGCAGCAGAACAAACUGGUCGCCAAACUAAGAAAGCUACGCAUGAUGGUUUCUCGCUACCGCGUGUAUUGAGGGGCCGGCCGCUCUCUGCGGUGUUCGUUCGUUCAGGGAGGGCUCUCCGAGACUUCCGCGUGAUGUUUGAGGACGCUAACUUUAGUAAGUUGUUCUGAUGCGUAUUAUUAAUGACGCCGCUAGGUCUUCGAAGAAUCGACGGAAGUUCAUUAAAUUUCAUCAAAUUGUCAGCUUUUACGGCUUACUCUGCUUCUGUACGAAUGUUGUAGUGAUAAAUAACCGCUAGUUAGUUUUGCUCAAACGAUAUUUUGCAGUGCCAAAGUGAGCCAUAAAACUGGCAUAAUCGAGUCCCAGGACUUCAUAUAAAACAUAAUAGUUUACAGACUGUUGCGAUAACUCGUAGACUGGUUUAUACCUCUGAAAUGUUUUUCGACUUAUUGUUUAAAAUUGUUUAAUAAAAUAGUUGCGAUUAUAUUGAAAUCGCCAUUGAAUUGUCAAAGAUACAUUUAACAUGUUUCGGAAACGUUAAGUGAUUUAGUUGAGCGUUUCUCUGUGUAAAGAGAUGAGGUAGGGUGGAGAGGAGAAGAGAAGUAUCCGAUUGGGUUUGUCAGUGCUGUAUAUAGGAGUGAGUAGAGGCGUAGUGCCGACGGCGGAGACUUGGUAGGCUAGGCUGGCAGGUGGCCGCUGAGGGCCGUGAGAAAGUUCCGGAUGUGCUGGCCUCUAUAUAUGUUUUCGGCCCGGUUCGUAGGAUUUUCUAUUUCAUCCCACGUCUCGCGCGCUCGUGCGGGAAUAGGAUAGUGAUAUCAAAUAUAGUUAACUCGAUAUUAUUGUAAGUCUAAAAUAUGCAUAGGUUAGUUUGCUUACGGUUUUUAGUGGUUUUUGUUAUCAUGUAAAUUUAACACUUAAUGUUUUUAUAUUUAGUCGCGCCAUUGACCUCGAUUCAAUAUUUUAAAUGUAUCAUUACGAACGAAGAAAUUAUGGACCAUUUAACUAUUUUUUAAUCAUUAUUUGUGCCUAUAUAUUGCACGUAAUUUACAUAAAACUUUUUACGCAUAUGACUAAUACUAAGAUGGUUUUGUUCACGCUUGGAACGCGCGCUUUUCAAAUUAAUUUCGCGCUCUUUUUACUGUCACUCGAAGUGUAUUUGGCGCGGCGGUGAAAAAAGUGAUUUUAAAGAAAUGUGUUUUACAGGCAAAUUUGCACUUCGUUAUUGUAUAUGCAUUAUUAUUUCACCUAGUUUAUACGGAUACUUUAUUUUGUACGUUGUGAAUAUUAGACAGAUUAACAAAUGUAGCUGCAAUUUAGCUAAAUAGUCCAGUGACUCAAAACAAUGAAACAUAAUCUCAGUGACUAGUAUACGUUUUAAUGGCAUAGACUGUGUAUUUUGAUAAUAACAUCAUAAUUACAAUUAUAACUACUUUAUUUCCGUUAAGAAAAUAAACAUUAAAAAAAAAUAACCACGAAAUAGUUCCUCAUAGUACCUACUAAUAGAAAAUUUUGCAUUUUCUUUUAUAUAAUAUUUUACUGCAGUAAGUUAGUGAUGUACUUUCGUUGUAAAGUCGAUAGAUGUUAAGCCAGGCUGUCAGAUUGUGAAAGCGCUAGAUUUUGGCCGGCGUCGAGGGCGCAGUAACAUUUGCUAUCUGUCCGGGCUUCAUCCGCAGUUUGAUGUAUUAUAAAGCACAUGGUCAGCAGAAUGAACGCUCGAAGGCUUUAAUUGUGUGCGGAAUGUGCCUUGCUAUGUACAUAUAAAUAUAUAGAUAAUAUUAGGUUUAUACUCGAAUUAGUUGCAAGAAAUAUUUUUGUGAGAUAUUAUGUAGGAUAUAGCGUUGUUUUAAUAAGUAGAAACACGAGGAGGUUUAGAGUUAUCCUGUUAAAGGUUUGCAGUUUAUCUUCCAUUAGCUGUUAAAUGUACAUAAUAGAAAAUAGAUCAUAGAUGUACGUGAUUUUUUUUUAUAAACGAGUUUUUUUUUCUAGUAAUCGUUUAAUUUUUUUUUCUUAAUGGGAGAGUUACGAAUUCUCGAAUGUUGUACCUGCAUUUAAUUUUUUUUUGUUAUACUUGACAUAAAUAAUAAAGUUAUUGAUGAUUUAGCUUAUGUUGAAAGUAACAUUGGUUUCUUAUUUGGUGAUAACAUACAGUUAAAAACUAUAGUUUUCGCGUAAGGGAAAGUCAGUAGAUAAUGUUUAAUGUAAGAGAUGACAGCUUUAUAUUCGGUAGGCAGAUCGAGAUUACGGAAGUUUUAACGAAUCAAUGCACAUCAAACUGUGACAAGGCACAUUUCCACCAUCGCCAAAUGGUACGUCUUGGGUCAAUAAAGUUACACAUAGCAUAUACAUACAUAGCAACUCAAUUUGUAAAUUUUUAUAAAUAAGGUUGGGAUGAGUAAAUAAUAGUUUAAUUUCUAUUGUGUAAUUUUUAUUUGUAUAGUAUCCGUAAGCGAUUUAACAUCUAGCCACCGUCGGGGCCAGUGGGGAAUGUAAAUUUUUUUAAUGGUGGUCGAUCGGGCGUGUUGCGAGCGGUGGUGAGUUGUGGUGAACAGUGGUGAGCGGUGGCCGGCCGCAGCACGCCCCCUGGCGGUGGCUGCACACUCCACUACAGAGAGUGCAGGACGCAAAAUAAAAUUCCGCCUAACAUUAAAUUUGCACCCUGCCAUCUUUGAAGUGGCGUUAGUAUAAAAGGACAUUUGUACUUAUCGCGUCAGAUACGACUACGACGAUGUGAAAAGUUCUUUGGUUUUUGUUCCUUAAUUAUGUAUAUCGAAAUGCUAAGAUAAUCAUUAAAUAUGGAAAUAAAUGAUAAGGCCGUUCCGGGGCAGAGUUGAGAAACCAUUGGCUAUUCGAUUGUGAUUUUUAUACAUUUUCGAUUUAUUUUAAUUGGGUUUUCGGCUACUAAAUUAGUGUUUAGAUUCUGUGAUUUUAUAUGUACCUGUGCGGUACGCUGGUGUGAUGAUGUUUUUAAUGCUCUGUCUUGGUCGGUGUAAAAAAAUAAACGGUUUUUAUUCAUA